GACUGUGUCCUUCAACUUUUUCUUCCCCUCUCAACAUGGAAAUGAAAAAGAGGUUGAUGUUGGAGCUCAGGAAUCGGAAAGCGGCUGACGUUAAGGAGUUGGUUCUUGAUAACUGUCGUUCAGAUGAUGGCAAAAUUAUUGGACUCACUUCAGAGUUUGAAAACCUGGAGUUUCUCAGCAUGAUAAAUGUCAACUUAUUAUCUGUUGCUAACCUGCCAAAGCUCCCCAAGUUAAAAAAGCUUGAGCUCAGUGACAAUCGCAUCUCUGGAGGACUAGAGGUACUGGCAGAAAGGACCCCAAAUCUGACACACCUGAACCUCAGUGGGAACAAGAUAAAAGAGAUCAAUACCCUUGAGCCACUUAAGAAACUACCUCAUCUCAUGAGUCUGGACCUCUUUAACUGUGAGGUGACAAUGCUAAACAACUAUAGGGAGAGUGUUUUUGAACUUCUCCCCCAGCUCACCUUUUUAGAUGGCUUUGAUGCAGAUGACCAAGAGGCUCCAGAUUCUGAUCCAGAGGCCGAAGAUUUAGAGGAAAAUGGAGAAGAUGGUGAGGAUGAUGAAGAGGAUGAAGAAGAAUUUGAAGAUGAGCUUGAUGAUGAAGAGGAUGAUGAAGAAGGCGAAGAUGAGGAAGGAGAAGAGGAGGAGGAAGGUGAUGAAGAGGAUGAAGAUGAUGAGGAUGUACCCCAGGGUGAAAAGAGGAAAAGGGACUUGGAAGAUGACGGUGAUGAAGAAGAUGACGAUGAUGAAGAGGAUGAUGAAUAAGACCCAAGUACUACUGGAUCUCUUUUAUGGACUGUCUGGGCUGGCCACCAGUGUACAUGUGUACGUUUGGCUGUGUCAGCCUCUGGGCUACUGUGCAUACAGCUGUUAGUUGCCCUGUUCAUUUAUAUAUAAAUUUUUUUUUUUUUUUUUUUUUUUUUUUUUUUUUGUGUGUAGAUGUUCUAGGGUUGCGAUAAGAGAUGUUAUUUCUGUGCUGGUCUGAGUGAGGUUUCUUUUGUUUGCCGCUUUAUUUAAAAAGAUGGCCGCCUGGGGCUAUUCGCGGAUUCAGACUCUAGGUUUUUUUUUUUUUUCGUUUAAACCGUGGAAUUUUCUGUGAAAGUUCUUUGGUUCCUCUGAUCUGUGAAUGGUGCGUGGGUGUAUAGGUUUGAGUGAUUCCAAAGACAAGUCCUCCCUCCCACUCCUGCAUUGCCAUGUUGAUUUUGUCUGCCUUAAUAAUGUCCUGUUGUAUUUACCAGUCAUGUAACUACAUGAAUUAUGCGUAUGUUGGCAAUAAGUAGUGCUGAUGACCAAAUUUACAGGACCUGUCAAAUUUAAUCUUUGUUCCCACAGUGACAUUUAUUUCCUCCCAGUGCUUGCUGUUUACAUGUAUAUAAUUACAAAACAGAUGAAUAUGACCUGAAUCCAGUAGGAACUACAAGUUCUCUACCUUUCCUUUAACUUGCCACACCAAAUGCUUAACGCUGCCAAAAUGUUUCCGUUGUCUUGGGGUGAGGAGGGGGGCUCUUCUGGGUAAACAACAAAGUAAAUCCCUUUAUGACCCAUUAAAAUCAUCUCCCACAAUUGGUUUUUGUAUUUAGUUGUUACAUAACUUGAAUAAGCCUUUUAAUAAAAUAUUUUGGGAUUUUUAUAUAUGGGUUCCCUUUUUUCUGGUUUGAUGGCAAAGCCGCUAGUAGUGACUCUAAAUACCAAGCUCAAUUUUGAGCUCCUUAUAGGGGAAUCUCACUGAGGCUUACAUUGAGCUAGAAUUUGCCUUAUAUUAAUGCAGCCUUGCAGGUAAAUGUAAGCUAUAUAUAUUUAUAAAAUAUGCUAUACUAAUGUGCAGCAUUUGUUUAAGGGUAUGUAAGACAAGUGUCCCAUGCACAUAGACAUAACAUUGUUCUAGGAAUCACAACUGCUAGAUUGUAGGUUUUUUUUUUUUUUGCCAUGCAUAUUCCUAACUUAAAAUGUAGGUUCCCAAACUGGUUCAAAGCAGACAGGACUAAAGCCAUUUAUUAGACCUUGGGAGGUUUCUUUAUUUGCUGUUUUACAAGGGUAAAGUAAAGGGGAUCUCGUGCUGGCUGUGUAAAUAUUUUACCACUUAUCUGUCUUUUAAUAAAAAUCUUCAAUUUA